AUGAAUCUGUUCUCUGCUGACGGAUCAUUGUGGCGCAAACAUCAUCGCAUCGUGGGACCAGCAUUCGGCAACGAGCUCUAUGAGCUAGUUUGGGAAUCGACUUCCCGGAUCUACGAGGACAUGGUCGAGAGCGAAGGUGUCAUAAUUCGGCCACUUUUUAUCUUAUCUUCGACGAUCUCAUCUUAUCUUGGCACGACUUAUCUUAUCACGGAUCACGACAUCAGACGGUCCGGGCUAGGGGUUCCAGGGGAUUAUCCUUAUCAAUUCAAGGCUGCGCGACAUAUGCUCCAGAAGGUUCUACUACAACCCAUGACCAGUGCUCCAUGCGCACACGAAUCCACCAUUUCGUACCGAUUCCCAUCGUCAUCUGGGAGUCCAUCCCCUCCCCCCAUCAUACCAUCGUCGCCCAAUCUGGCGCAUCAAAACCAACCCGGGCCCUCCAACCCCUACUUCGCCCUUCCGCCGCCUGAAGACGAGUUCCCUGACCUUGGCGAGUUACCCUCCGAACAGCCACCCUCGCCCCCACCUACCGUACCUGCUCCUACCAUGUCAGGACAUCACCGCAUCACCCUCGCCGCCAAUCCCCCCUACUUCGAUGGCGACAAGUCCAAGUACCUGGGCUUUGUGGACGCGUGCACCACUUACAUUGGUGCCUAUCGGUCAGAGUUCUCGCUGGACGAGACAAAAAUCCUCUUCGUCCUGUCCUACCUCCGCAAUGAGAGUGGCACAAGCUGCGCCGCCUCAAGAUGGGCGAUGAACUGGAAGCAGCACAAUUUCGAGGGCUUCCAAGGACUAAAGGCGGGAGUCACCGCGACAAGCUUCUUGGAGGAGCUUCAGAGGGCCUUUGGGGAUUCUAACGCAGAGCAAGUCGCUGCCGCCCGACUCAUGGCCCUUCGCCAGGGCAGACGGUCCUUUACGGACUACAUCUCCGACUUCGAAAUGCUGGCUGCAGACGCGGGGUACAACGUGGUCACCUCCACCGACAGCAAGGGCGAGUACAAGAAGGGGGAACAGUAUAAGAUAUGGAAGGCCACACUGGAGGAGCCCAGCGGCCAGGCCAGUGCUGGGCCGGCCAGUGGAGACAUUGGAGGCGAGGACCAAUGCCCAACUGGGAAGAGGGGUGGUGCGGAUGAGCGCAAGGGCAUCUGGUACGAGCCUACCGCUUGCGGGGAUUCGAGGGAGAUGGCCGGGGGAAGAAGGGAGAGGGCGGAUGUCGGCAUGGAUGGAGAUGAGGAUUGGAGGAGGAGGAGGAGGCUGGGUGAUCAACAGAUGAGCAGGCACGGGUCGGCAGAGAGGGUGCAGUGGGUCACGUGCAUGGUCACGUGCCCAAGGAGCGCGGCGUCCCCUGACAAACAGGACAAUAUCCUCAUCGAGUUCCUGGAGCGCGGACUCAGCAGCAAAAUUGCAAGCCGCCUCUACAACACUGGCGUUCCCCUGCCCAAGGCAUAUGGUGCCUUCAAGAACUGGUGUGUCAACAUUGAAGCGAACGCUCUACGCGAUCAGCUGCGCAAAGCAUCGCAUGCGCAAUCCGCACCACGACCGCCUCCCCAAUUCCGCCCGCAGGUAGCCCCAAUGACACCUGCACCCGCCCCGGCCCGACCCGCUGCCAACGAACCAGUUCCGAUGGAAAUCGAUCGCACCCACGCCCGCGAUAUCAUCUGCUACAACUGUCAGCAGCCUGGACACAUUGCGCGGAACUGUCCGGAGCCAAGGAAGAAGCGCACAUUCUUCAAUCGGGCCACGAUGUUGGAAGAGAUCGAGAACGGGGACAAGGACAACGAGUUCCUCAAGGAGAUCGCUGAGAAGCUGCGCGAGAAGGGUUUUUGA